AAAACAAGUUGACCCAAAAGUGAGCCUCUCUUUCGGUCCUACGGUUAAAACGUGACCCGUAACUGAUUUACUUGUUUACAAGCCUUCCGUUAGCAGUAUUUUAUUUACGGUUUUUAACUCGAAGGUGUUUUACCAGCCUCCUACAGGAACAAGUGUGUCGACGCCAAGUUUUGAUGGUUGACCCAGAUCUGACACGACAGCUUUUACAUAUUGUUCAGCACCGAAAUGCUAUUUUUCCCCAUGAAGGUUCAACAGCAGCUGCCACUCAUCCUUCUGGCACAGAGGACUCUUCAACCAGCAGCAGUGGAAUCAUCCCUGGUGCCAUUGCAGCCACAGUGUUCAUUGCCUUUUUACUCGGCCUCUACGCCAUCCUGUGGAAGUGCAUGGUGUCACCACCACCACGGAAGCACAGUAAGGUGAGGGUGAGAGUACAACGGAGAUCAUCUGUGUGAAGACUCUGGCUACCAGGUUGAGCAUGUCUUUCAGCAGAUCAUUUUGGAUCUUAACGGUGCGGACUAAAAUCUGAUUGCAGAGUUUACUCUCUGUCAGAGAAAAGCACAGAGAGUGACAGUAUGCCACUGAAGAAAAUCCUCCUAAUAGAUCCAAAGAUCCAACCACAGAAAACGGACUCAACUGGGACGAUGUGUAAGCUCCUGUUUACUCAGAGCUCCAUGUUGAUGUGAAACGCUUGUUCGGCAGGUCAGAUUGUGCUGCUUUUUUUCUGUGAACUCUGCACUACUGAGGAAUUAGGUGGCUCAGGCCACAGCUCGCUCCAGUGACCAAUAAGCUGUGUGUGUCUGAGGUUGUGGUAUAUUUGGUAGAAGUAGAUUUAUUUUUACAUUUUGCACCAAAUGGACAGUUGAUACAUGUCCACUCUUCUGGCAUAAUAUUUCUUUAUAUAUUGCAUAAUUACAUUACAAAUGGCAUUUGUAGGUUCCAUUUCUGCCUUUUUUUUAAAUCUCUUUGUUUCACAACAUUUUUGGGGGGAAAACUCCUGAAGCUGUCAGUUAAUCACCUCAACAUGAGUGUUGAGAGAACAUUUACUGUGGAGUCAGAAAUGGAUUUUGUUUUAUAUUUGUCCUCUGUUGUCUUCUUUACUCAGGAAGUUGUGUUUACUGUAUGACUUUUGGCCUUCUCUUAUAAACUGACUUUUUUACAUUGA